AUGAAGAGGGUACGAAAUGCUGCUGCUGCUGCAGCAGCAGCAGCAGCAGCAGCAGAAAAUGGUACUGCGUCAAGAUCCAGCAGCAGACGAAGCAGCUGCUACUCAAGCAGCGAUGAGCGCGCUAGCAGCAAGAGCAGCAGCAGCAGUAGCAGCAAGUGCAGCAGCAGCAGCAGCAGCAGCAAGAACAGCAGCAGCAGCAGCAACAGCAUGAGUUUGCAAGGAGCCCUAGGGGGCCUGCUGCCAAUUAAGGACGAGCCUUUGCUGCCGCAGAAGAAGCAGCAGCAAAUAAAGCGGCGCCGUGGUCGUGGUGUUGGUGUUGCUGCAGCAGACCCCACAGAUGCAGUAGCAACAGCAGAGGCAGCAGCAGCAGCUGCUGCUGCAGCAAAGGCUUUGCCGCCUUGGGUGCAGCUGCUGCUGGGGACAUUCAAGCUGUACAUACAGCGCAGCAUAUCGCUUGCUGCUGCUUUGCAGCGCUUGUCUGGUUUGCUGCAGCAAGCCUCUGCUGCUGCAGGCACUGUUUGCAAGCGCAGCAGAGGCAGAAACAGCAGCAGCAGCAGCAGCAGCAGCAGCAGCGAGGUUAACAUAAGCUUGUUUACAGAGGCAGUCUUCCGCCUCUGUUAUCGCUUGCUGCUGCUGCUGCCGCGGCUGCCGCAGCGGGAAGGGCAGCGUAUUGCUGCUCUCCCGCUGCAGCUGCUGCUGAGGACAGAUCAGCUUGCUGCUGCUGCUGCAGAAGAGCAAGCGCCUCACCAAGCAAUGCCUGAAGAUGACGAGAAUAGCAACUCGCAGCAGCAGCAGCAGCAACAGCAGCAAAAGCAGCACUUGGAAUUGUGGGGCCGUUUGCUGCCGCUGCUGAUGGCCAAGCAGCGGCCUGUCAGGUUGGGUGCUGCAUGUUUGCUGCUGCAGCUGCAGCAGCUGCAGCAGAAGCAUGCAGCAGAAUUAAGGAGUCCAACCCCUCCUGCUACCUUGCUGCAGCAGCACGUGCAGCAAUCUCUUGCGUUGCUGCAGCAGGGAAGAGAUCCGCAGCAGCGACAUCUUGCUCUGCUGCUGCUAGAAAAUAUGCAAACCGAUCCAACAGUAAAGGCUGCCUUCUUGCAGUGUUUAACGGAUGAAUCUCCUGCGGUGCGCCGAGUUGCUGCAAGGCGGCUGCUGCUGCUGCAGCCUAAGCCAUUAGACCUGCCUCUAGGGCAGCAGCAGCAGCAGCAAGAACAACAACAGCAGCGGCAGCAGCAGCAAGAGGCACAGGUACCGCAGCAGACGGAUGCAAUGCAGAAGCAGGAGAAGGAAGAGGACCAGAAGCACGAGCAGCAGCUGCAACAGGAGCAACUGCAGCAACAGCUGCUGCAGCAACAGCAGCAAGAGGCAGAAGAAGCACCCCUUGAGCUACAGGCAAGGGCCUUCGAUGCUGCUGCUGAAGUGCGUGCUGCUCUUUACACCAAACUCUCAACGUGUGAAGGUGUACUGACACCACAGAAAAGGACGGAGAUGAUUUUAGUUGGAUUAAAUGACAGGGCAGCAUCUGUAAGGGCGAGUUGCCUUAAGAUGCUGCGGACAUGGGUGCAGCAGAGGGAUUUACUGCAGCAGCAACAGCAGCAACAGCAGCAGCAGCAGCAGGAAAUGCAGCAACAGCAAGAGCAAGGACUGCAAUGCAAACGGGAGGAAGAGGAGCAGCAGCAGCAGCAACAGCAGCAAGACCUGCAAGAUGGGCAGCAAAUUGAGGUGGAUCAGCCGCUGCAGAGUCCUUCAGAGGACAAGAAGAAGCUGAAACAGCAGCAGCAGCUGCUGCAGCAAGAGCAGCAGGAACGGCAGCAAUUUGCUGCUGCAUGCGGCGGUCUUGUAGCCUUUAUUGAAGAUAUGGGCGAAUGUCUACCUGCAGCAGAAGGGGCAGUCGAGCUCGCCGUCAAAGAACUCCUAUUGGCCUUCCCUAAUGACCGCCCAGCAGCCGGGAUUCGGCGGUUGUUGGAGAGGAGGGGGGCGAAGUGUUUGAGUGAGUUGACUCCAGGGGCGGUCUUCCUCCUCCGGGUGUAUGCGGAGCAUCUAGCGACGCCAACAGAACGAAGCAGCAUCGACAUCUCGCAGCUGCACGAGCUGCUGAUGCGGCUGCUGAAGGCAGCACAGCAGGUGGAGCAGCAGCAGUAUCUGCUGCUGCAGCAGAUGGCAUCCGCUGCUUCACCAGAUGCAGCCUCCGAGGCUUCGCUGCUCGAAGCCCAGAGGGAAGCUGAAAGCCACCAGCUGACCCUGCUUGGAUGUGUGCGGCAGCUGCUGCUUCUGGCUUGCUGCUGCGGCAUUUCCUCUCCUGAGACAGAUCGUCUCCUCGAGGAAGCAUGCGAGGUCACGUUGGCAACAGCUCCCCUCGUGGACGUGCGGCGACUGCUGUUGGGCAAUCUAAGCCCGGCAGAGCAGAGCAUUUCCCCCUGGCCUGGCCGGGGCAGCAACAACGGCAACAGCAGCACCUCCACAACCCAGGGUGGCUAUUCUUUAUGGCCUGCAUACUGGCUAAACAAUACAGCAGCGGCUGCUGCUGUGCAGCUCCUGCUGCAGCUGCAGCGCCGGCAGCAUCCGCAGCAGUUAGAGGCCGAGUGUGGCCUCACAGCCAAAAUAUGUUCAUGUCUGGCAGAGCUGCAUGAACCCCUUGAAACUGGUUCGGAUGAUGCCGUGCUGCAGGAGUUGUGUACUGGCGCGGAAGGUGACCCCUUUGGGUUUAAUCCUCGCCUUUGCAGCACGCAGCUGCUGCAGCAGCAGCAGCUAAUGCUGCAACACCGGCUGGUUGCUCUGCAGCAGAAAGCAGUCGAGCUGGCAGAGCUGCUGCAGCAGCAGCAGCCCCGCAAGAAACAAAAGCAGCAGGAAGACAGUCAAGUGCUGCGGGCGCUGCAGCAGCAAAUCAGCAACAGCCAAGAGACAUACGGCCGCCUAGCGCCGGUCUACCUCAUCAUCACCAACGAACUGCAUCAGCGGUGGCUGCGGGUAGUGGCUACCCUUGACGCUUACUUUGCUCGCAGCAGCACCAGCCCAGAUGUUGAUGGAGCUCUUACAGAUGUUCCGGUGUCUCUGCUACUACCAGCGCUGCAGUUCUUUUGCAAUGAUGAAGAAGGGAUUGCGGCACGCUGCUGCUGCUGCAGCGAAUGUCUCGGAUUCAGCAGCACCAACAGCAGCAGCAGCGACACCAGCAGCAACAAGAGUGCACAGGCCCAGUGCUGGCAAAGAAGCAGCAAAACUUGGAGAGAGUGUCUCUACAGGCUGGUCUGCAAGAGCCUGGGCUGCUUCUGCCUCCGCAGCAGCAGAGAGCAGGAGAUAGCAAAUCAGCUGCGAGCCUAUAAGGCAACGCUGCUGACAUCGCUAGAACAAAUGCAAACUGCUGCUGCUGCGCUGCAAGAGCAGCAGCAUGACAUGCAGCUGCUACAACUCCGUCACACACACUACUCACAGAGGGCGCAGCAUAUCCGCGAGCAGCUGCAACACGGGCAGCAGCAACAGGAGCAGCGGGAACAGCUGCAGCACCAGCUGGAGAAAGCAGAAGCAGCAGCUGCCGAAGCUAUCCAGAAAAUGCAGGAAGCAACUGAACAGUCGAAACACGUAAGCUGCAAGGUGUACAAGUUGUUUCCCUUCCUAUCAUGGAUAUCUAUCUAUCUGCUGCUGUUCGUGCUGCUGCAGCACGAGAGGGACUUUGCUGGGCACACGCAGCGGUGCGAGUUGUAUGUCGCCUUUUUGGGGGAUUUGCUACUGUGCCAUCCGUCUAUGCUGCGGCGGGAAAUGGGCAAGCAGCGGCUGCCCGAGCAGCAACAGCAAUCACUGGAGGAGCAGCAGGAGCUGCAUCAAGAAGGCGGGGAAGCAGCAGCAGCAGCAGGAGAAUGCCUGCUCGACCUGCUGUGGAAGGUUGUUACUGCAGCGGAAGCAGCAACUAAACGGCUGCAGUCGUUUGCUGUUCGAGUUCUUAUGAAACUGCUGCUGCUGGGCCUGGUCCUUCUUCAGCAGCAGCACGCAAAGGAGCAGCAGCAACAGCAGCAAGACCAGCAGCGGCAGCAAGAGCAGCAGCAUCAGCAGGCAGUCCUAGGGGCAAGGCUAGAAGUGCUGCUAGAGGCCCUUUACCUGCAACCUGUGCUGCAGCACCAAUAUAGAGAGCAUGCAAAAUAUAUAAUGUCGCCGACGCUUGUUGGUCUCUCAGCUGACGACAAGAGUUCGAUUGCUUCGUGCUUGUCUCUUUGCUUGUCUCCUGCCCUGCCAGGUGGCUCUCAGGGUCCCCGUGCUGCUGCACUGGGGGCCCUUGCUGCUGCUACCCAGCGGCUGCUCCGGCGUGGUCUCCGGGGAGUGUUCGAGAUGCAGCAGCUGCAGCAGCUGCUGCAGGACCAGCUGCAGCAGCACCGUAGCAGACGCGGUGAGGAUAACGUGGCCUCACAGGUGGAGGAAGCAGCAGCAGCUGCCGCCGCCGCAGCAGCAAGACCCGAUGAGUUGGAGAAGCUAGCAGCAGGAGCUACUGCUGCUGCUGCAGCUGGUGCGCCGCAGGCUGCAGCAAUGAGGGAUGCCGUGCCUUCUCUACCGCAGCUGCUGCGAGGGUUUCGAAAGCUGCUGCAGUUUUGCUUUGCGUCGUUGCAGCAGCUAGCAGUAACAGAAGCAGCAGAUGCCCUUUCUAAACAAAAAGAUGCUGCUGCUGCUGCUGCUGCAGAAGAGGAAGCAUGGCCUGCUGCAGCAUUUGUGGAGACACUCUUUCUGCUGCUGCUGCAGACAGAAGAGCUCCUGCCGCCCCUCUUGCUGCUGCAGCAAAGCACAAAAUUCCUGGAUAUCAUUCCUUCUGUAAUCGGACUGUGGCUCGACCCUCCAGCACCAGCAGCAGCAGCUGGGACUGCGCCGGACUUGACACUCAACAGCAGCGACACCCAGCAGCAGCAACAUUCAUUGUUUGAGCUGUACAGGAAGACCAGCCCGGACACCGCUGAAUGUUUGCUGCUCGUCUCACAACGCAUUCUGAAAAAUAUUGUGGAGCUGGUUCGGGGGACACAGGGGCCCUUAGUAUCAAAGCGGCUGGCACUGAAGGCAACGGAAGGAGCCUUGCAGCGCGUCACUGCUGCUGCUGCGGCGGCAGCUGCUGCAGGCAGCGGUGGUGGCGGUGUCAAGACCGAACCCUCAACUGCUGGAGCAGCAGCAGCAGGGCCAGACAGCAGCAAGCACAGGAGGGCUGAAGCGCUGCAUGCUUCGCUGAAAGAAGCCAACGAGGCCGUUUUGCUGCAGCAGCAAGAGCAGCAGCAGGAGUCGCCGGGGUCCGCUCUUGUCACUUUCCCUUUGAUUCUCCUGGAGGCUCAGCAGCGGCUGCUGCUGCAGCAGAAGGAGCUGCAGCGGGAAGAACACCUGCUGCAGCGGGAGGAGCUGCAGCAGCAGCACGGCAAUCUGCGGCGGUCCUGCCGACUCCAAAACUCGGCAACCAGCCCCAGAACAGCUCGCAGCACCACCCACUGCAGCAGCAGCAGCAGCAGCGAGGAGGAUCCGAUUGAGGACGUAGAAGCAGAGACGCCGCAGCGGCCAAUCCGGCAGGAGUCUAAAGGCGGCAGCAAGAGAGGCAGCAAACGGCCGUCCGGCAACGACUCUUCAGAGGAGUACGAGUCAGCGAAGUCUUCUGAGCACAGCCCCUCGAAUUGA